AUGCGUGAAAUUGUAAGCCCUCUUUCUCGUGCCACAGCGCGUUUGUUUUUCUUGGACAAAAAACAUCGAGACCCCGCCAGUCAUGACUCCUCAAUCCACAAGAUCCCUGAAGUCCACCUUCAAACUGGCCAGUGUGGUAACCAAAUCGGUGCCGCUUUCUGGCAAAUUAUCUCCGGUGAACAUGGCCUCGAUGGCUCCGGCAUGUAUGCUGGCUCAUCUGAUCUCCAGCUCGAACGUAUGAACGUUUACUUCAACGAGGCUACUGGUGGGAAAUAUGUACCUCGUGCUGUUCUCGUCGAUCUUGAACCCGGAACAAUGGAUGCUGUCCGUUCAGGGCCAUUCGGACAGCUCUUCCGGCCUGAUAACUUUGUAUUUGGACAAUCCGGUGCUGGUAACAACUGGGCUAAAGGCCAUUACACCGAGGGCGCUGAGUUGGUGGACCAAGUCAUUGAUGUCGUUCGCCGUGAAGCUGAGGGCUGCGACUGCCUCCAAGGCUUUCAGAUCACCCACUCUCUUGGUGGUGGUACUGGUGCUGGUAUGGGCACCCUCCUAAUCUCCAAGAUCAGAGAGGAGUUCCCAGAUCGGAUGAUGGCUACUUUCUCUGUUGUACCCUCUCCAAAGGUUUCCGACACCGUUGUAGAGCCAUACAAUGCUACGCUAUCCGUCCAUCAGCUAGUUGAGCACUCUGAUGAGACCUUUUGUAUCGACAAUGAGGCUUUGUAUGAUAUCUGCAUGAGAACUCUCAAGCUUCCCAACCCCUCAUACGGCGAUCUUAACCAUUUGGUCUCCGCUGUUAUGUCUGGUGUCACCACCUGUCUUCGUUUCCCAGGCCAACUAAACUCUGAUCUUCGUAAACUCGCUGUUAAUAUGGUCCCAUUCCCUCGACUACACUUCUUUAUGGUCGGUUUUGCGCCGCUUACCAGCCGUGGUGCUUACUCUUUCCGCGCCAUUACUGUUCCAGAGUUGACGCAGCAGAUGUAUGAUCCAAAGAAUAUGAUGGCGGCUUCUGACUUCCGUAAUGGUCGCUAUCUCACUUGCUCUGCUAUCUUCCGUGGCAAAGUCUCGAUGAAAGAAGUUGAGGACCAGAUGCGCAAUGUACAAAAUAAGAACCACACCUAUUUUGUCGAGUGGAUCCCCAACAACAUCCAAACCGCUCUUUGCUCCAUUCCCCCAAGGGGCUUAAAGAUGUCCUCAACCUUUAUUGGAAACUCUACAUCUAUUCAAGAGCUUUUUAAGCGUGUAGGAGAUCAAUUUACUGCCAUGUUCCGGCGCAAGGCUUUCUUGCAUUGGUACACUGGCGAAGGCAUGGAUGAGAUGGAAUUUACUGAAGCUGAGAGCAACAUGAACGAUUUAGUCAGCGAAUACCAGCAAUACCAAGAUGCGGGAAUUUCAGAGGGUGAAGAGGAGUAG